AUGAGAUCUUCUGGCGGCGGCAGAGGCAAGGGCGGGAAGCUUGGCGCCGAGAGCAAGGGCAAGGACAACGUGCCUGCUGCCAGGGACGAUGACAUCAUGAGCUCCAUGGGCGGCGGCAGCGCGAUGCACGUCAAGCCUGAGACGACGCCCGCCGCGAAGCCGCGCCGUGUGUCAGGAGCUUCGUUGGCAGCGGCAGCGGUGAUUUCUCCAGCAUCGGCGAAUGCCCCGCAGAAGGCCACCAUCGAUGCCAAGCCCUACUUGACGAACGUCGGCGUGGAGGCCUACGCAGACGAGCUCCUCGAGGCCCCUCAUAAGUGUGGUCGUACUGGGUGCCCCAACACCCUGGCCAAAGCUGGUAACCACGACGAGUUCAAGUGCAAUGUGUGGGGUAAUUACAGCUUCGAGUGGAAGAAGGUCGACUUCCCAGCGGGGCCAGCGCGCUGGGAUUGCGGGCCUGCGUGCGACCCCUUUGCUUUCAUCGGGAACCCUGGGGCGGUGAUCGCCAAGUGCAACGAGGGCCAGGACCAUUUCAAGCAGAGCCACGAGGUCGAGGGCUUCAAGCUCUCGCGGAUCGACAACCCCGACGACCCGACCAGCAAGAUGCAGGUGUUUCUGGUCAACGAUGCCGAGCGGCUCGCCGACGUCGGCGUCAUCGUCGAGUACGGCGUCUCGCGCUCCACGACCGAGGACGAGUAUCGGCUGAUGGCGGACAACCAGUUGGUGGCGUCCCAGGGCAAGGGCUUCUUUGCCGAGAUGGUUCGCCCGAGUGGGCAGGAGGGUGCCCAGUGCAAGCGGCGCCGCCUGCAGGACAUCAGCUGCGACGCUUGCGCCCCCAGGCCCGUGCUUUCUCCCGCUGGCGAUGGCGAGCCAGCCGACGGCGCGGAAGCCGCCGAGGAUGGCGGUGAUUUGCCAAUGUCCCAGGAGGAGCAGCAGGCUAAGCAGCCUGCCAAGUACGGCUACUGGACCAAUCUUACCAGGGGAAGGUGGGGCUUUGUGGCGACUGUGGUCGGUUGCAGAGCCGAUGACGAAGACAAGAACGAUGACGAGGACGAUGCCGCUUCCACGGUGUCGGGUGGCGGUGGUGGUCAGCUCAAGCUUGGGGGGAACUUCGAGAGCAUGUUGCAGGAGAGGCUCAGGGCCAUCAAUCUCACCACCAUCGCGAGUGGACGGAACAACCUUGGGCACGAGAGGGCGCGUCUGAAGGCCAGGGGAGACACGUUCAGCGGGUCAUCCAACCAGGUCGAGACCGAUGCCGCGGGGUUCAUCACGAAGCGCCUCGACUUGGCAGUGUACGCAGAGGACUUGUCGAACCGAGAGUUGCUGCACACGUUGCCUCCAGAUGUGUUCGAGACAAAGGUGACAGCGUUAGUUUCGACGGGCAUGGUGAUACCAGUUUCGCUUGCAGUCGAGAUCGGCAACCGCGCGGCAUCAGCCUUGGGGGCAGAGAUAGUGAGCGGCAGCUCGGAUGACAUCGUGGGGUUCUUCAAGAUCGUAUUGCCGACGGCGCUGGUGUCGGUUGAGGGCGAGGAGCAGCUGCAAUGUCCCGAGGGCGAGCUUGGCUUUGAUUGGCGGGGCCCGCGCGGGUACCGGAUCCCUGGUGAUGCAGCGGCGAAGACGGUCAGGUUUGAGAGCGCGACCUUCCCCUAUUUGCGGUGCCCGCUGCUGCGGAGUUGGGCCACGUCGCGAACUACAGGGCAGUGCAUCGGCAUGUGUCAGAAGAUCGACCAAGUCUUGAUCAACUCAAUGGGGGAGGACGUCGAUGGGGCGAUCCAGUUGAGCGUGAACUCUGCGGUGGAGUGUUUGCGGGCCGCCCAGUACGUCAUGGACCCCGACCCGUUGAACUUCAAGUUCGCGGCCGACUUCGACGCGCUGUCGGCGGCCGAGCCGCCCUCCGACGGUCAGUGGAAGGGCCUGAGGUUCUACUUCAACGAGCGGAUGUGCGAGACGGCCGCCUUCGCCAACAACGUGGUGUCCAUCAAGAAGACCAAGGUGACCCACCCGCCCAGCGUGGACAAUAUCAGGUUUGCCACGAUGGUCCUCGAGGACCAGGCCGACCCGAUAGAAGUCAUGCCUAAGCUUGAGGAGCGCAUCAAGAACAUGGCAACGUUGAGGAAGAACUCGCGAGAGGGUGCCACCAAGGUGCUCGAGGUGAAGCUCAUGGCCUACCUGGAG